AUGGAUUAUCUGCGGCUGGUGCUGUCCUGCCUGGUGCCCCUGCACGGCUGCCUGGCCGCCGGCGGCGCCCCAGAGCUCCUGCUGGCCGGCAAGCUGAGCGACUAUGGCGUGACCGUGCCCUUCAGCGCCGACUGCCGCGGCCGCUUCCUCUCGCACGUGGUGUCCGGCGCGGCGGCGGCGGCGGCGGGUCGAGGCGAAGGCGGCUGCCCGCGGGCCCCCCGCGCCGCCCGCCGCCGCGCCGCCCGCAGCGCCGAGCCGUCGCCCCGCCAGCGCCCGCUCUACUUCAACGUCACCGUUUUCGGCGAGGAGCUGCACCUGCGCGUGAGGCCCAACCGGCGCCUCGUGCCGCCCGGCGCCGCGGCCGAAUGGCAGGAGGACUUUGAGGUGCUCUUCCGGGAGCCCCUGCGGCAGCGGUGCGUCUUCACGGGCGGCGUCUCCGGCAUGCCCGGCGCCGCCGUCGCCAUCAGCAACUGUGACGGACUGGCAGGCCUGAUUCGGACGGACAGCAACGAGUUUUUCAUCGAACCCCUGGAGAGGGGGCAGCAGGAGAAGGAGGCGCACGGGAGGGCCCACGUGGUGUACCGCAGGUCGGCCAUCCGGCGGGACGGCGCGCAGCCCCGCGACGACCACCCGCCCGAAGCGCUCCGCUUCCCGGUGGGAGAGCUGCCGAACUCGCUGGAGCUGGUGGAGGAGCGGCUCGGCGAGGCCGAGCGCAAGCGGCGCCACGCCAAGAAGGACGACUACAACAUCGAGGUCCUGCUGGCGGUGGACGACUCGGUCGUGCGCUUCCACGGCAAGGAGCACGUCCAGAACUACGUCCUCACCCUGAUGAACAUUGUGGAUGAGAUUUAUCACGACGAGUCCCUGGGCGUCCACAUCAAUAUCGUCCUGGUCCGAAUGAUCAUGGUGGGGUACCGCCAGUCGGUCAGCUUAAUUGAGCGAGGGAACCCGUCGCGCAGCUUGGAGCAGGUCUGUCGCUGGGCUCAUUCCCAGCAGCGCUCCGACCCGGAGCACGCCGAGUACCACGACCACGCGGUAUUCCUCACCAGGCAAGAUUUUGGUCCCGCAGGUAUGCAAGGUUAUGCACCGGUGACGGGAAUGUGCCACCCUCUCCGCAGCUGUACCCUCAACCAUGAAGACGGCUUCUCCUCGGCUUUCGUCGUCGCCCACGAGACUGGCCAUGUGUUAGGUAUGGAGCAUGACGGCCAGGGCAAUCGCUGCGCGGACGAGACCAGCAUGGGGAGCAUCAUGGCGCCGCUGGUGCAGGCUGCUUUCCACCGCUACCACUGGUCCCGCUGCAGCAAGCAGGAGCUGAACCGCUACAUACACUCCUACGAUUGCCUGCUGGACGAUCCCUUUGAGCACCAGUGGCCCAAGUUACCUGAGCUCCCAGGGAUUAAUUACUCCAUGGAUGAGCAGUGCCGCUUUGAUUUCGGCGUGGGUUACAAAACGUGCACAGCAUUCCGGACCUUCGACCCCUGCAAGCAGCUGUGGUGCAGCCACCCGGACAACCCUUACUUCUGCAAGACCAAGAAGGGGCCCCCGCUGGAUGGGACCGAGUGCUCGUCGGGCAAGUGGUGCUUCAAGGGUCACUGCAUCUGGAAGACCUCGGAGCAGCCUUACAGCCAGGAUGGCAGUUGGAGCUCCUGGUCCAAGUUUGGCUCGUGCUCCCGGACCUGCGGGGGAGGCGUGCGCUCUCGCAGCCGGAGCUGCAGCAACCCGCCUCCGGCAUACGGUGGGCGCCACUGCCCAGGAACCACUUACGAAUACCAAGUGUGCAACCCUGAAGAGUGCCCGGGGCCCUACGAGGACUUCCGCGCCCAGCAGUGCUCCAAGCGCAACUCGUACUACACCCACCAGGGCACCAAGCACGCCUGGCUUCCCUACGAGCAUGACGACGAUGCCCAGAAGUGCGAGCUGAUCUGCCAGUCCGAGGGGACGGGGGACGUGGUGUUCAUGAACCAGGUGGUUCACGACGGCACCAGGUGCAGCUACAGAGACCUGUACAGCGUCUGCGUCCGGGGCGAGUGCGUGCACGUCGGCUGCGACAAGGAGGUCGGCUCGCUGAAGCAGGAUGACAAGUGCGGCGUGUGCGGCGGGGACAACUCUCACUGCCGGACGGUGAAGGGCACCUUGGCCAAGACCCCGAAGCAGCUGGUGGGCAUUUUGAAGAUGUUUGAGAUUCCUGCUGGGGCGAGGCAUGUCCAGAUAGAGGAGAUGGAGCCAGCGUCCCACAGCAUCGCUGUCAAAAAUCAAGCCACGGGGGACUUCAUCCUUAAUGCCAAGGGCAAGGAAGCCAAAAGCAAAGUGUUCAUUGGGAUGGGCUUGGAAUGGGAAUACACUAUUGAAAACGGCAAGGAGAGCUUGAAAACUAGUGGCCCCCUGCACGAAGCCAUCACCGUUUUGGUUGCCCCUCAGGAGGAGGAGGCGAAGAGCAGCCUGGUGUACAGGUACAUCAUCCACGAGGACUUGCUGCCAAUGAUUGGGAACAACAACGUCCUGCUCGAGGAGAUGGAUUCCUACGAGUGGGCCCUCAAGAGCUGGUCUCAGUGCUCAAAGGCGUGCGGAGGAGGCAUCCAGUACACCAAGUACGGCUGCCGGAGGAAAAGCGACAACCGGAUGGUGCACCGGCACUUCUGCGACAACGGCAAGAAGCCGAAGCCGAUCCGGCGGCGGUGCAACCUGCAGGAGUGCUCCCAACCGGCCUGGGUGGCCGAAGAGUGGGGCGCCUGCAGCAAAUCCUGCGGCAAGCUGGGGGUGCAGGUGCGGGCGGUGCAGUGCGUGCAGCGCCUGCACAACGGCACCAGCCGCGCCGUGCACGCCAAGUACUGCGGCGGGGAGCGGCCGGAGACCCGCAGGCCCUGCAGCCGCCCGCCCUGCCCGGCCCAGUGGCGGACGGGCGCCUGGUCGCAGGGAAGCUCUCCAGCAUCACGGCCCACACCAGCACCAGCGACUACGUGACGCCCAAAGUGCAGUGGGUGCCCCAGGAUGGGCCCAAAAAUCCCGUGAACAAGAUCUCCUCGAAGGAGCCCUGCCUCGGGGACAAGUCCAUCUUCUGCCAGAUGGAAGUGCUCGCCCGCUACUGCUCCAUCCCCGGCUACAACAAGCUCUGCUG